UCUGAUCCUCCAGUUUACGUUUCUGAUGCUGAAACUCUGUUAUGAGACAGGAAAUGUCUUCCUGGGAGAGAGAAGGGUCAAAUCACAAAACAACCAUGAAGCAGAGCCGUCCUCACACUGCAGGGUGGCAACAAGGUCACGACCUUCAUGGGGCACAAGGUCACGACCUUCAUGUGGCACAAGGUCACGACCUUCAUGGGGCACAAGGUCACGACCUUCAUGGGGCACAGCGCAGGACCAUGUGGGACAAGGGAGGAUAACAAGAGAAGACACAGAUACACACACAGGACACACACACAGAUACACAGAUACACACACAGAUACACACAGAUACACACACAGGACACACACAGUACACACAGAUACACACAGAUACACACAGUACACACAGAUACACACACAGGACACACACACAGAUACACACAGUACACACACAGGACACACACAGUACACACAGAUACACACAGUACACACAGAUACACACACACAGGACACACACACAGAUACACAGAUACACACAGAUACACACACAGGACACACACACAGAUACACAGAUACACACACAGAUACACACAGAUACACACACAGGACACACACACAGUACACACAGAUACACACAGUACACACAGAUACACACACAGGACACACACACAGAUACACACAGAUACACACAGAUACACACAGAUACACACACAGGACACACACACAGAUACACAGAUACACACAGAUACACACACAGGACACACACACAGUACACACAGAUACACACAGAUACACACAUUACACACAGAUACACACACAGGACACACAGGACACACACACAGAUACACAUAUACACACACAGAUACACACACAGGACACACAGGACACACACACAGAUACACAGAUACACACACAGAUACACACAGAUACACACAGAUACACACACAGGACACACACACAGUACACACAGAUACACACAGAUACACACAGUACACACACAGGACACACACACAAUACACACAGAUACACACACAGGACACACACACAGUACACACAGAUACACACAGUACACACAGAUACACACACAGGACACACACACAGUACACACAGAUACACACAGAUACACACAGAUACACACACAGAUACACACAGUACACACAGAUACACACACACACAGUACACAGAUACACACACAGAUACACACACAGUACACACAGAUACACACACACACAGUACACGUGUGUUUACAGGGGUGUGAGAACAAUGUUGUUUCUCUUUUAGCACAAUUUAAUAUCUCCAUUAAAAACAGUAACAUCGUAUUCCAUUCCACGUGGACUAAAGUUAGACCAGGAGUCCUCUGUUGUCGUGAGACCUGGACUAAAGUUAGACCAGGAGUCCUCUGUUGUCGUGAGACCUGGACUAAAGUUAGACCAGGAGUCUUCUGUUGUCGUGAGACCUGGACUAAAGUUAGACCAGGAGUCCUCUGUUGUCAUGAGAUCUGGUCUAAAGUUAGACCAGGAGUCCUCUGUUGUCGUGAGACCUGGACUAAAGUUAGACCAGGAGUCCUCUGUUGUCGUGAG